GCGGAUCACUUCGGAGACGAGAGGGAGGCGCUCGGCCGAAGCCAACGGAACCAGUGCUGAAACAUGUCGGAGCCGAAAUACCGAGAAUGGAUCCUGGAAACCAUCGACUCCCUGCGCUCGAGAAAAGCCCGACCGGACCUGGAAAGAAUCUGCCGAAUGGUCCGAAGAAGACACGGCUCAGACCCGGACAAAACCAGGGCUGAAUUAGAAAAACUGAUCCAAGAGCAAACUGUGCUGAAAGUUAGCUACAAGGGGUCCAUUUCCUACAGGAACGCUGCUAAAGUGCAAAGGAAAUGCCGAAAGAGAACGGAGCAAGCCGGUGAGCACGGCAAACACGCCAGUUGCAAUAACAACGGCGACAGCGCGCUCAGCCUCACGGACCAAGAAGAGUGCGAGGAUAAGGAGCCCGAGGAACGCGGGGCGAGCCCGUGUCCUGACCCCCUGCCUCAAACCUCGCCCUCCACUCUUGAAAAUGAAGAGCAGAUUUUACCACUACCUAGCGGAAACAGUUUUGUUAGUUGUGGCGCAACGGGCCACUCCGCCGGGAGCGUGAAAGCAAGUGCAUCGAGAGACAAGAGCGUAGUCGCUGAGGCGGGGGCAAGCGGCUCCUCUGCCCACUGCGAUGCUGCUUCAAGUGCAAACAGACGGGCUGAAGGAGACGUGACGCUCGGCCACGAGGGCAGCGAUGAUGAUGGUGAUGAGAAAGAAGAGAAAACUUGCUCAAGCGCCAGCAGUCCGCCUCCGAGAAACAAGCCCCUCGCGUCCGCCAAACCCAAACUCAAGGUGGGGGCGAAGGGCUCCGGGGCGCGUUGCUCGGACUCUCCGGAUGAGAGCAGCGCUGAUCUGGGCGACAGGCUGGUUGCUGCGGUCCGAAGUCUGUACGAGAGACACCGGGGCUCCGCUGCAACACGGGGCCACGCGCCGCCGGGGCUCAAAGAGAUCCUCGGCUACCUCAGCACGCAGCGAGGGAUGCCCGGGGAGAAGCUGACCCGCAACCGCGUUAAAGUGGUGCUGGAGCGCGAGAUCGAGAGGGGUCGUCUCCGCAGGACGCGCCUCGGCCACAUCACUCCUGCCGCGCGGGGGAUGGGGGCGGCCAAGCCGUCCGCGCGUCUCCUGAAGAGCGCACUGCAGGACAGACAUCUCGCGAAAAUGGAGGAGGUGAAGGAAGAAGAAAGGAUGGAGGUGGAGAGUGACGAGCAUGGCACAGAGGAAAACACAGUGGGCUCAGCUGAGGAUGUUCCCAACACCAUCACUGAUGGAGGUCCCGCAGGUGUCAAAACUUGCACUGACCUGACCUCACCUGACACCGAGGUCCAGAAUGAUAAUGGCACUGACUCACCACGGACCUCUGAGGGGAAAUCCCAGUCAUCUUCAUCUCUGGAGACCUCAAACCAGAGCUCCUUACAGCAGGAAGUAGACGUGGGAGGAAGUGAAGAGCAGACAAUGUCUGUGGAGCCUGAGGAUGCUGUAGCUGAGAAAAAUGCAGAUGCUCCUGAUCAGCUACAUCCUGGCAUUGAGGAUCAGGUGAUUGUGAUGCCAGAGACCGUAAAGGCUCCAUCAUCAAUACCUAUAAGAAACUUUUCAGGCUGUAAGUUGGAAGUGGGAGUGUCGUCAUGUCUGCUGACCCCCUCUGCCUCACCAGGAGCGGCUGAAGAGCGAGGGAUGAAUGAAGGAAUGUGA